AUGCCGGUCGACAGCGGUGGCGGUGGCCUGUCCAAGGAAGAGUUUAUGCUGGUUCAAAACCAACUUCUUGAACUCCGCAAUAAAAAUUAUGAGCUCCAAGAAGAGCUCCGUCGAAAAAAUGCCGAGCUACAAAACAACUCAUCCAACUCGCCGCGGAAUGAAGCCCUCCAAUUCGCUAGCAAAGUAUUUCUAGUUCAACUAUUUUUUAAUGUUUAUUUUUAGUUAAUAAAUCGAGGAAAAAGCUCUGAAAAAUACGAAGUUGAAAUUGACGGGCUUCGUCGAAAGCUAGCAACACAAGAAGAAGAGUUCCGGUUACAACAGCAAACUUUAUUUGAAGAGAUGAACAAGGUUUAUUUUAAAAAUUUUGAGAUCCACUUGAUGAAUUUUUGCAGUUGGCAGCUCAAAAUGAAGCUUUAAAAUCUGGAAAAGAGGUUGGAAACGAUACUGGACAAGCUUCAGAGGAAUUAAAAGAUCAAUUAGAAGGAAAAUCGGCAGAUUUGGAGAAACUUCAGAGUACUUAAAUUUGAAUUUAUGAAAUUUGAUGAGAAUGUUUUCAGAAAGGUUGAAAUCUCUAGAAGUUGAACGGAAUAAUUCAAUAGAAAAGGAGAGUUUCUCGAAAAAAAGCUGAUGACCGACCUCGAAGACAAGCUUCUCGAUUAUAAAAAAACAAGCAAGUUUUCGGGAAGUUUUAAAAAAAAUAAUAAAAUUUUCAGAGUGGAAAAUGGCGAAAAAGACGUAUUGAACUUGAAGGAGAAGUUGAAAGAAGCUGAAAACCGAAAUCUAGAAAUAAAGGAUAAAUUGGAAAAUCUUCAACGAGAACAUGACCAGUUGAAAAUGAUCUCUUCAGAGGUAAAUUAAUCGAUUUUGUGAUAAAAUUCCGAUUUUUUCAGGAAAUUGCUACAUCCGUGAAUCUUUCCGAAACCGUCACUCAACUUCAAUUAACUAUCCAAGAUUUAGAAGAAAAACUUGAAGGCUCAAAUUUUUCGAAAGAACAGCAAAAUUUGUAUGAAAAUGCGCUGGAGGAGAAGGACUUGAAAAUUGUCAAUUUUUCUUUGAUUUUCUUGUAAAAAUGAUCUUUUUUAGAGGACCCUAACGGAAGAAAUCGGCUUGGAGAGGGAUAACAGAGAAGAAUUGAAACUUCAAUUAAAGAAUUUUGAGGAGGGUUUAAUUUUGCAAGGUGAACAGUUUGAAGAGGUAAUUUUUUUAAAAAAUCUGCUUGAAAACAAUAUUUUUUCAGGAAAUCGCUAAUCUUUCCGAAAAUGUCACCCAACUCCAAUUAACUAUUCAAGAUCUUGAAGAGCAACUUGAAAAGUCGAAGAAAAGCUCAAAUUCCUCAAAAGAGCAAGAGGAUGUGCUUAAAAAAAACAAUAGAAGAAAGAGAUUUGGAAAUUGUACUUUUUUUAUAUUUUUUUCUUGGUCAAAAAAAUGUUUUUUUCAGAAAGCUCUAACCCAAGAAAUUGGCUCAGAAAGGGAUAAUCGAGAAGAAUUAAAGCUUCAAUUGAAGAAUUUCGAGGAGGGCUCACUUUUGCAACGUGAGCAGUUCGAAAAGGUAACUUUCAGAGGGAUUUCAGAGUGGUCCCUAUAGGGUUUUAAGAUCUGAGCUUUUAGUCUCUAAAGCUCAAGUGGACCCUUCAGGGGCUUUAGUUUUUCCCAUGGAAAUGCUUCUUCACUCAGAGUUCAUAAAAAUCAUCGACUAGCAUGUCCCCUAUUGGGACCACUUUUCCAAGCUUUAGUGGCCCCUAUAAGGGUUGUUAAAGUGGUCCCUAGCGGGGACUAUCUAUCGGGACCAUUCUGGAGUUCCUAAAAAGUUUUUGUCAAAAAGAUUAUUCUAGAAAAUCGCUGAUAACGAAAAAAGGCAUUCGGAAACUGUUCAAGCGCUGGAAAAUCGACUGAAAGAUGAGAGAUUGGAAGUUGAGAAGCUCGAAAAAGAGGUUUUAUUUGUUUUCCAGUAGAUGAAUUUGAAGUUUCAAUGUUUCAGGUAGAAGAACUUGUCGAAAAAGCGGCUUCGGAAAACGAAAAACAGUUGGAAGGAAGGGCCUUGUUGUUGGAAAGUCGGUUCAAAUUGGUGGGUUUUGACAAAAAGGAAUAAAUAAACUUAGCGCGGGAACGCGCCGGGUGUCUCUUCUCAUUUUUGCCUUUUUCUGUAGAAUUUGUCUUUUUGCUUUCAUGCAUAUUUUUUUCUUCAUGAUUUUUUUAGGUUUAAAACAAAAAUUGAAGGCAUUAGUUUCAACGAUUCGCAAUUUUCAUUGAAUAGUUGAAAAAAAGGAACAAAAAAAACAUGUUUAAAUAGUGAAUAAGAAUACUGAAAAAGCAUUAUAAAAAUUGAAAAAAACCAUUUGAAUUGAUUUAUUAGACAUUUUUUUACUCAAAAUGAAAUAUUUAGAGCAAAAAAAUCCUAAUCUCUCCCCCGCUAGAGCCUGGGGAAAAAAAUUAGAACACCUGAAUUUUUAUUUAUAAUGUGGAAAUUGCACUUCCUGUCAAUUUUAUGCAUUUUUUGUAGUUGUCAAUGUUUUUCCCAACAAGGAAGGUCAUUUCACUUUGUGGCUGGGAUUUUCCUGAAAAUUGGCCAGGACACUCCUUGAUGUACUAAAUGAAAGUGCUGAGAAUCUCAACCUGCAAAACUUUCUGGAUUCUGAAAAAGGACACUUCAAAGACUGAAAAAGGCCUAAAAAUCCUUUGAAAUAGGCUAUUUUGAGCCCUUGUUUUCCAAAAACCAGGGAACUGUGUAGGUUUAGACUUUCACUGUAUUUUUCUAGUACAACAAAAAAUUUCUUGGCCCAACACAAAAAAACGACUUUCCUUGUAAGUCGCUAAUUUCCCAUUAAAAUCCACUCCUUCAGGAAAUUGACGACCAAAAACGUGACUUUGAAAAAAUAAAGGAAGAAUUGGAGCGUAGUGUCACUUCGCUACAAGAACAGCUCAAAUCCAAAGAUGCUGAGAAGGUUGGAAGUCUUGAAAUGAUAAGAAAAAAUACGAUUUUUUCAGCAAUUGGCCGUGAAAAAGCAGUCGGCGAUGAUGAAAGAACUCCAGAAAGCACUGAGAGACGAGAGGAAACGGGCGGAUUCGUUGGAGAAAAAAAGCGAGGAAAAAACCGGGUGGCAUGUUGUAUCGGACAACGACGGCAACAGUAGCCAUGUGGGAUUUUUCGAAUGAAAACGCAAAACUCUAUAAAAAAUAUGUCUUCUCAGUGAUUAUCCCGAUUUCUGUUUUUAUUUGAAGAUUUUAUUCCGGUCCAGUUAAAGUUCAAAACACUAAAGUGACCACUUUCCUCUUUUUUUCCGAUUUUAAGUCUCAAUUUAGAAGUUUUGAAAGAGCUUUCCCGGCAUAUUAGGAGCUGAAAACACUAGAGUGAUCUCUUAUCAAUUUUCCGGACUAUGUUUUUCCAUUUAUAGAUGUCGCAUGAGCUAUUGCGAUCUAAUAGAGUUCAAACCACUGAAGUGAUCACUUUUCUCUUUUUUUUCGACUCUUCUAAAAAAUUUAAUGAAACUGCAUAAGCUUUUGUGAUCCAGUGAAAGCUUAAAACACUAGAGUGAUCACUACAGUUUUAACUGCAAGGUUAAUUUUCAAAAAAAAAAAAGAAGAUGAAAAGUCGAUAAAGACUGAUCAAGUUUAUGGUUGUCUUUAUUUGAAGUUAACCAAAUUUCAAUUUCUACAUGUUUUUGUCCCUAAAGUGUUUACUAGCCUCUCAUUUUUGAUUUAUAAGUGAUGUUUUUUUCUAACGAUUGUUUCGAAAAAAAUGCGUGACAAAAAUGAGCAAAAUGAUUUUUUUAAGUAUAUGAAAUCUGCGAUUUAAAUUGAUUUUUUGAAAUUAGUAUACUGUCCUGAAACUUCUUCGCUUUGGGACAGUGAACUUUCCAAGAAAAAAAAUUUUCUCUUCCAGAAGUUUGACGGCAAUGAAAGCGUUUCUUCGUUUUCGGCCAUUGAAUCCGAAAAUGUCGAGCUGAUCACCCGGCUUGCGACGCUGCAGCGUCUUCACUCGGAAAAUGUGGAUAGGGUUGGUUUUUCAAUUUCUUAGGUGUAUUUCGAUGUUUCUACAGGUUGAUACGUGUAAAAAGUGGUAUCAAAAGGCACCUCUAUCGUACUUGUUUGUAUUUAGAGCUGUGGAGCCUCUUUUCUAACCAGAAAAUCAACUUGAAAACCCUUUUUCUUUUAUAUUUUUUCGAAGUUAAAUUAAAUUCUCAACGUUGCAACCUCUAUUUUUGCAUUAUUUCUAACCAAAAAGUCAAUAUAAUAGUUUAAAAAAAGUUUUUUUCCAAACUAGUAUAAAAUUGGCCAUCUUGCGAGCCCUACUAUUGGUCGAAAAGCUUGAUAAAAUUCAGGAAAUAAGAAUAAAAUUUAUUUUUCAGCUGCUUUUCCUCGAAUCGGAAAACUCUCGGCUGAAAAGAGAGGUCGAAGAAAAGGGAGAAUUGAUUGAAAAUUGGAUCCGUGACCGGCCCGUCGGUUUUGGCAAUACUCCGAAUUCGACCCCCGGCGCCACUCCGCAGAGACAGGAAGGUCUGUUUUGCCAGGAACUGAAAAAAAAACAUGAUCCUUCUCAAAAAAUUCUUCUAGUGGCCACUUGUUUUUGAACUAUAAACCCCCUAAGUUGUCCCUUGAAUUAUCUAUAGAAAAACGGAACGACAAGCUUUGAAUAAAAUGCGACUAAUUUUUGAACACGUUUAACGGAAAUUUUUCAAAUUACUAUAGUCUUUUCAAUGUCAAGUAAAUGACGUCAUUCGAAAGCGCUCUGUGGAUGGCUCGAUCUCUGAUUGGCUUACCGCGCGAUAAGAAGCGGAGCUUGAGCGACAACUUGACAAAAAUCAUCCGUUUUUGCAAAAAAAAAAAUGUUGCAUUUUCUCAAUUUCAUUCAAAGUUGACGUCUGAGAAGAAAGAAGUUGAGGUUCAAUAUGGCGUUUUAUGCAGAAAACUACUCAUUUCUUCAAUUUCAAAUUUAAGAUGCACAAUCCCUAGGAUAUCAAUUAAUUCAAUCAAUUUAUUCAGUCUUCAGAGUAAGAUGAAGAAAAUCUCUGCUGAAUCAUGGUAUAAUCGAAGAGUUAGUCGUCGGCGCGGGUUACGGUCCACAAUCGUUGUCCAAUACGUCCCGGCGUGACAGCUAGCGUUGGGAAAUAAUGUUGGCCCGUUGGUAGUACUAGCGAAUAAACUGCUUCACCAAGUUGGAACAGUACAGCGCCCAGCUUGUCCAGGGCUGACGGGCGUCGGAAUAUUAUCCCAUGAGAGAGCGGCAAUGAGACCGACCAGUCGACGUGAUGAAAUGAGAAUGGAAUUGAAAUGAUAAUUUUCUAGAAUGUUGCCUCAGAAUCAUAUUAAAAUCUUUUUUUAAAUCAUUAGUUACAUAUUGGCUUUGAAACGUAGGAAGACGGGUUCAGAUUCAAAGCUUUGUUCAUAACUCAAGAUCUAGCGAAACCGUUCCAUACUGAGGAAUUUCAGAGUGGUCCCUAUAGGGUUCUAAAUCUCAAGUGGACCCUAUAGGGGCGUCUCAAUUUUAUUUUAAAAAAACGCUUUUGUUUGGUUUUUCUCAUGGAAGUGCUUCUUCGCUUAGAGUUCAUAACAAUUAUUGACUAGCAUUUCCCCUAUAGUGACCGCUUUUGCAAGCUUUAGUGGCCCCUAUAGAGAUUGGUAAAGUGGUCCCUAGAGGGGACCCUCCAACGGCUUCUAAGGUUGCCCCAAUAGGGACCACUUUGAAGUUCCUAAGUAAGUUCGAAAACCCCUAUUUUCAAGUAAAAGUGGGUGAAAUAACUUGAUCAAUUUUCCUUUUCUUGGUUUUCCACUCGGUUUUUCAUUAGGAAUCCCAACUUUUAUCCAUUGAAAUAGUUUUCCAGGCGGUUUCCGACGCCUUCUCAACGUCACUUUGGGCAACGAAGGAACCAGCGACGUGCGAGAAAUGAACAAAAAACUUCAGCGAAUGUUGGAAGAAACCCUCUCAAAAAAUAUCAUCCUUCAAAGGGUCAUUAAAAUGAAUUCCUUGAAAAAUAAUAAAUUUUCAUUUUCCAGGACCUUCAAACUCUGCUGGAACGAACUGAAAUUUGA